AUGGAGUUAGUGUCCGUGCAGUAUGAGUACGAAAUCCAUGAGGGCCAUCUCAUAUCUACUGAGCACAAUGAAACCGACUUUUCGUUCUCCGGAACCUACGAACCCUGGCGGCGUGUUCGCACCAAGCAACAUGCCACCAGGCCGAUUGGAGAUUCCUGCCAUUUCUCCACAUUUGGCAUCUGUGGUGGUGAGGCUGAUGUGACACCUGAAAGAAGCACAUGUGAUGGAGUAGACGCAUCACAUGAACAGGCGGGGUUGACUGUGAAUGAGGAGGAUCAGUCGGCCUCGUGUGAGGUCAUUGCAAACCGUGAGGUUGACGAUGAGAGCGUAGGAGCGCCAAUUUACGUCAACGUAGCUCAGCUUCGCCAGGACCCCAACGAAUUACAUCAGCUUCGCCAGGACUCUGGCGAAUCAAAGACCCUUCCAGACACUGACGGAUGGGAGGUGCACGUUGACCCGGAGAGUGGUCAGAACUACUACUACCACCCCGCCACGGGGCGCUCCACCUGGGAAAAACCCCUCGCUGAGCCUCCCCCUGACCCUGAACUGCACACCGCGUCACCCCCUCGGUCUCCCGCCUGCUUGCUGUCCACCUCCUGGGAACAGCUAGUGGAUGAACGCAGCGGGUGCCCCUACUUCCACAACACUAUGUCUGGGGAAACAUCAUGGGAGCCGCCGGAGCUGCUCAGCCCCUAUACGCCCCUGACAGAGCCCAUGAGCGUGCACCGCUUUCACCAGGGCGAGUCGCCUCAGUUACCCGAGGAAGACUACCACUCAGAAGAUUACCCAGGAGGCGCUAAUGGACCCGAACUGGGCGAGGAGUCCCCGGCCAUGGUGUCCCCCAUUUCUCACAGAGAAUAUGACCUCUCGCAUGUGAGCCGUGCCGUCAUUCCCCGGGCUGUCUUGGACCGCAGGGCGCCCCCUGGAUGGAGUCUCAGCGUGGAACCCGAUGGCACCUGGGUGUUUACCAAUGAGCACUCGCGGGAGCAGUGGGUCAAGUCCUUGGACGAUCUGGGGCAGACUUACUACUACCUGAAAGACGGCUCGAAGUCCCAGUGGAACCUGCCUGAGGCAGUGCCUUUGUCGCCAGGUCAGUCUCAGGAGGAGGAGGACGUCGUAGAGACUGACGUGAGCGAUGGCAAGAUCUGGAGACGGAAGGUGGGACCAUCUCAACUUGUGCCGGUCCAAGAUGACACAAGGUUCUUCCCGACCCACCAAAGGACCACGUCGGACUACAGUAGUGACAGCUCAAGCACAGGAAACUCUCCUGAGGCGCAGCCCACCAAUUCUCUGGUUGGAUUUCAGGUGCAGAACUUAGAAAAGGCUGGGAUUCUGAACAAAACAAAAGUGUCUGAAAACGGAAAAAAAGUCAGGAAAAACUGGGCUCAGACAUGGACGGUCCUACAUGGAGGCAUGCUGACCUUCCACAAGGACCCAAAAUCGACAUCUCCUGGAAUUUCGAACAAGACCAAUCAGAUUGUCCCAGAGGUGACGGUGGACCUACGAGGCGCCAUUCUUGGCUGGGCCUCGAGGGAUAAAUCGAGCAAGAAGAACGUUUUAGAGUUAAAAAGCAAGAAUGGCGUCGAGUUUCUGAUUCAGUACGAUACUGAGAGCAUCAUCAACGACUGGCACGAUGUAUUAUUGGACACCAUACGACAACUGGAGUACCAGGAACCCCACUCUGAGGAGGAGGACGGAAGUGACACAUACGAAAAGAUCGGCGGCGCGGAGCAACAGUUGUCUAAUGACUUUCGAAGGGGCUCUAGGCAAAGUGUCAGCAGCAAUAGCGGUGGAGAAACUGACCCAAAGAAGGUCCGCUCCAAGCUGAAAAAAUUCCUGACAAAGCGUCCGUCACUCCAGUCUGUCAAGGAGAAAGGUUACAUACGAGACAACGUGUUCGGAUGCCACCUCGGCACACUUUGCGCGCAGGAAAGGACCACUGUUCCAAGCUUUGUGGAGAAGUGUAUCGCAGCCCUGGAAAAGAGAGGUUUGGACAUUGACGGACUCUACAGGGUCAGCGGGAAUCUCGCUGUCAUCCAGAAACUGCGUUUCAAGGCAGAUCGCGAUGAACUAGAUCUGGAGGACGGCCAGUGGUUGGACCCUCACGUCAUCACAGGAGCACUGAAGCUGUUUUUCCGUGAACUUCCCGAGCCGCUUUUUCCCUACAGCCACUUCCAAAAAUUUAUCAGCGCCAUCAGAAUUCCUGAAUACUCCUCAAGGUUGAAAUCCAUUUAUGAAUUGAUCAAAUCUCUUCCGGCCCCAAAUCAUGACACCAUGAGGCUCCUGUUUGGACAUUUACUGAGAGUGAUCCAGUGUGGUGCAGAAAAUCGCAUGACGGUGCACAAUGUGGCCAUCGUGUUCGGACCAACGCUGCUGCGGUCCGAUGGAGAGUCGGGCAACAUCGCUGUGAACACAGUUUGCCAGAACCAGAUAGUCGAGUUUAUUCUCAACGAGUAUGAGUGCUUCUUUGAUUAG